CCCUCUCAUUCCCAGAGUUCUGUCCUUAUCAGUUCUAAGCCAAGCUCCACAGGAAGUAAGGGGUCCUGAAUUGGGAGGUCUCUAUCAAGGAUGGCUGUUCCCUCUGUCCCAGGCCGGGGUGUGCUCAGCGUGCUAUGAACUGAUUGAAAGCAAGAAGCUGUGAUGCCUCUGACUCACUGGCGCCUCCCUGCAGCCCUCCACGGAGCCCGUUUCUCCUGACAGAACGGAGGGCGGCCACCCAAAGCCCUGCGAGGCCUGGGCAGCCGCCUCUGUACUCUCUACUUCCGGUUUCCCCUCAGGGUUUAGUGAAGCCCCGAGGGACAACCCACCGCCACCCACCCGGGUGCGCAUGUCCAAGGCUACCACCCGCUCUCCUUUCAUGAACUUUUCCUUAGUGUGUGGCCAACCCUUUAUGAAGAUCAUGGGAGGGGUAGACGCUGAAGAGGGGAAGUGGCCUUGGCAGGUGAGCGUUCGGGUCAGGCACAUGCAUGUCUGUGGAGGUUCCCUCAUCAAUUCCCAGUGGGUGCUGACUGCCGCCCAUUGUAUUUACAGCCGAAUCCAGUACAACGUCAAGGUGGGCGAUCGGAGUGUCUACCGACAGAAUACAAGUCUGGUGAUUCCCAUCAAGACCAUCUUUGUCCACCCUAAGUUCUCAACAACUAUCGUCGUUAAAAAUGAUAUUGCUCUUCUCAAGCUCCAACACCCUGUGAAUUUCACCACUAACAUAUACCCUGUCUGCAUCCCUUCAGAGAGUUUUCCUGUAAAAGCUGGGACCAAAUGUUGGGUGACAGGAUGGGGAAAACUAGUGCCAGGCGCACCGGAUGUUCCGACAGAAAUCCUCCAGGAGGUGGACCAAAAUGUCAUCCUUUAUGAGGAAUGUAAUGAGAUGCUGAAGAAAGCUACCUCAAGUUCUGUGGAUCUCGUCAAGAGAGGCAUGGUCUGUGGCUAUAAAGAAAGAGGAAAGGACGCCUGCCAGGGAGAUUCUGGAGGCCCGAUGUCCUGUGAAUUUGAAAACAAAUGGGUGCAGGUAGGAGUUGUGAGCUGGGGCAUCAGCUGUGGUCGCAAAGGAUACCCUGGAGUUUAUACAGACGUUGCCUUCUACAGCAAGUGGCUAAUUGCCGUGGUGAACCAGGCAGAUUGUUUGCAUCCAGUGGUCUUCCUCGUCUUACUGCUGUGUUCGCUGACCUCAUGACAUCCUGUGGACACGGUGAUCUCAUUCCUAUCCUCUUUAGAGCCCCUCUUGUUUGACCUUCCCAAUGCCCUUUCUUCAAAUCCCUUGCCCCAGAGAGAGCCACAGUGAAAUAUGUCGGGGAUCUGAGAGACUUGAAAGUGUUCUGCCUGGUGCUCUGGUCACCAUCCUUGGCCACAGCACUCCUGAGUUGUGCUCUGCCUGGCAGUAACGAAGGUUAGUCAGUUCCAGUUAGAAGACAAACUGGCCUGCCAGGUCAAUCGCAGUGACCUCAGCAAGGAUGUCAUCAGGGGAGGGGCAAGUGCUAGGCAUAGCUGUGGUUUCAGGGAACUCACCUCAGACUGUCACACUAGAUCUAGCUUGGUGAUCACACACACACACACACACACACACACACACACACACACACAGAGCGCUUAUGUGUCCUAACUAUAAUUGUUUUCUUUAUACAUCUUUAUCUAUGACUUUGUAAAGUUACAUUUCAUAUAGAAUGUAAUUUGCAACCAUGUUCAAAGAUAAAGUGAAACUGAAAAAAUA